GUAUUGAUUUAAAAAUAAGUAUCAUUUAAUGGUCGACAAUACUCUGCUACCUUUUUCUCCUAUUGUCUGUUGGUCUGUCUGGGUUCUUCUAAAGCCGCCAUGCCUUCUCUCUGUUCUCUCACCACUCUCUCUGCAGUUCUUAGUUCUAUCUCCAUCGAGAGUCACUGAUAUUUACUUACAGCGAAACAUGGGUGCUGCUCAUAAGAUUGCACAUGUUGCUUACAAGGGUCCAAGUGUGAUGAAAGAGAUCAUUUAUGGAAUAGCUCUUGGCCUUACUGCUGGAGGUUCGUGGCAAAUAAAUCAUUGGAAUAAUCAAAGGCGAACCAGGGAAUUCUAUGAUCUUUUAGAAAGAGGUGAAAUCAGUGUUGUGGUGGAAGAAGAGUAAAUGAUGUGAGUUUUGGCUCUUCAACACUUACUGUAGUAACUAAUAUGUGUUCAUCUUAGAUGUUAAUUAAGUUAUCUACCAAUAAAUGUAUGCUUCAGAUUGCAUGUUUGGUAGUAUGUAAUUAAAUGUUAUGUAUUAUAUUGAAAUGCGAUGAUAUCCAAUUAUAUUGAAUA